AAGUUAUCCGGCCGUCAUUUUCAAAACACAUUUCAAAUUUAACGGGCGGAGGUUUUGCAAUUGUUUAAAUAUAAGAAGGCAAAUCUUUACCAAAACUAUGGCUUCGAAUAAAGAAAAUCUUCUUCCAGGCGCUUUAGAAAAACACUCAAGGCCGGAUGAUUUCUCGGAUGAUGACGAAAUUCCAGAUGAAUGCCCGUUCAAAAUAGAAGACUUUGAGAUCGGUAAACCCUUGGGUCGUGGGAAAUUUGGUAGGGUUUAUUUAGCAAGAACAAAGAAAGAAAAAUUUAUCUGCGCUAUAAAAAUAAUGUUCAAGAGCGAGAUCAUGCAGAGUCAUUUAGAGAAGCAAAUUCGAAGAGAAAUAGAAAUCGGAUGCCAUCUAAGCCAUCCAAACAUUAUAAAACUUUAUAAUUGGACACAUGACGAUAGGAAAAUCUACAUGUUUAUAGAAUACGCCGCAAGAGGUGAAUUGUACAAAGAGUUAAAGAAGAAUCGCUAUUUUACGGAGAGUAGAAGUGGUAAAUAUAUGUAUCAAAUUGCCGACGCUUUAAAGUACUGCCACGAAAACAAAGUUAUACAUCGGGAUAUUAAACCCGAAAAUCUUCUUCUCGACCACGGAGGUAACGUUAAAAUAUCUGACUUUGGUUGGUCAGUUCACGCUCCAUCAAUGAAACGGAGAACAAUGUGCGGAACUUUGGAUUAUCUACCACCAGAAAUGAUAAGAGGUCAUCAUCAUACAGAAACAGUCGAUCUGUGGGCGUUAGGAAUUUUAUGUUACGAAUUUCUAGUUGGUCGACCACCGUUCGAAAGCGAAGGGACAGAGGCAACCUACCGAAAGAUUUUAGAUUGCACCGUACUUUUUCCGUCAAGAGUCUCUAGCUUUGCAAGAGAUCUUAUAUUGAAAUUAUUAAUAGUCAAACCUCAAGAAAGAUUAUCUCUAGACGGAAUUAUCAAUCAUAAAUGGGUUCAAGACGGAGUAAAUUCUGGCAAAUCCAAAGGAUUAUUAACAAGUUCCGUUCAAAGAUCUGUAACAGUAUCAAGAAUUCAAGAAAUUGAUUGA